AUGGCCGCCCGGUUCUCAAUCGCUCGCUCCGCCCGCCAAUUGACCUCCGCCGCGCGGGCCCCGCGCCCCUUCGUCUGCAGGAGCGCGGCGCCCGCUUGGAGCAAGCAGAGCUUCAGGCAGUUCUCCGCAUCGGCUGCCACCUGGGAGAAGAAGUACACCCAGGGACACGAAUGGGUUGAGUUGUCCGACGACGGCAAGACUUUCACCUUCGGCAUCACCACCUACGCCGCCAACGCGCUGGGCGACGUCGUCUACGUCGAGCUACCCUCCACCGACGUCGACUGUUCCCCCGACGAGGCCAUUUCCGCCGUCGAGUCGGUCAAGAGCGCCUCCGACAUCAUUACCCCGCUGGGUGGCAGGAUCCUCGAGGUCAACAAGGUGCUGGAGAAGACUCCGGCUAUCAUCAACAAGAGCCCCGAGGGCGACGGCUGGAUCGCCAAGAUCAAGCUGGCUGACGGUUCCGACACCAACGAGGGCUUGAUGAGUGCCGAGGAGUACAAGAAGUUCACCGAGGAAUAA